CUGUAGAAAUAGUGAAAGGUAUAGAAGCAUGUAGUCACAUGACAGCUUUGAGACUGGAAGGCAACACUCUAGGAGUAGAUGCAGCAUCCACAAUUGCAGAUGCCUUGAAAAAACAUCCAGAAUUUGAAAGGGCACUAUGGAAAGAUAUGUUCACAGGAAGAUUAAAGACAGAAAUACCACCUGCUUUAGUGUCUCUAGGGAAUGCAAUUAUGGAAGCAGGGGCCAAACUAGUAGAGUUAGACCUCAGUGACAAUGCAUUUGGACCCAUAGGUGUUGAAGGUAUAGCAGAACUACUGAAGAGUCCAAGUUGUUACUCACUGAAAGAACUAAAACUCAACAAUAAUGGCCUCGGCCCUAGGGGAGGAAAAUUACUUGCUAAAACUUUGAUGGAAAGUUAUGAGAAAAGUGUGGCUGCUGGCACUCCACUUGGACUGAAGGUGUUCGUAUCUGGUAGAGGUAGACUGGAGAAUGAGGGAUCUACAGCACUAGCUGAGGCUUUUAAGGCUAUGGGGACAUUAGAGGAAGUUUCUAUGCCACAGAAUGGUAUAAAUCAUGCAGGAAUUACAGCCUUAGCUGAUGCAUUCGCCUCCAAUAAGAACCUCAAGAACAUAAAUCUCAAUGACAAUACAUUCACAGAAAAAGGAGCCUUAUCAAUGGCAAAGGCAUUACCACAUAUGCAGCAACUAGAAGUGUUAAACUUUGGGGACUGCUUGGUAAGGACAAAGGGAGCUGCGGCCAUAGCAACCUCUAUAAAACAAACACACAAAAAUCUGAAGGAAGUGAAUCUAGGAUUUAAUGAAAUUAAGAAAUCUGGAGCAACGGCCAUAGCAGAGGCUUUGGAAGGCAAACCUAUCGAAACACUCGAUCUUGAUGGUAAUCAAUUUGGGGAAGAAGGAUGUGAACUUUUACGUGCAACCUUGGAGGCAGUAGAUAUGCUAGAUGCACUUGGCUCUCUCAGUGAUGAUGAGGGUUCAGAAGACGAGGAUGAAGCUGGGGACGAUGCAGAGGAGGACUCAGACAAUGAGGACAAUCAGGAUGAUGAAGAGGGUGAAAUAGUGGAAGACCCAGCCCUACAAGUACAAGGGAAAGCUAUCAGCCCCAGUCAACAAAAACAGGAAAUUAGUGUUUCUGAAUUUCUUCAAUUUCCUUCUGCCAGUAAGUUGACAUCAUUGGGACCAGAGAAACGACAGGAAAUCUCAGAAUAUCUUGGGGAGGGGUGUAAGGAUGCUGACAAGUGUGUAGAGCUAGUGAUGAGGAUCAGCUCUGUGGUAGAUGCAGACAAUAACAAAUGUCGCCAGGUGGCAAAUGAAUGUGCAGAUGAUAUUCUCAGUAAAUUGAUGAACAAUGGCAGUUCAAGCGUUGGAAUAGAAGUGACAAACAGUAUCUUGGUUCACAUAGGGCUCUUGAAGAGUGAAAAUAAAGUGAAACCAGUGUCUAAACCUACAGGGCCAUUGUUAGUCCUUGAACAUGUUGUCAAACAAGCAUACUUCCCGAAAUCAGGACGUGAUAUCCUUACACUGUUUUUAUCAAGGCCUAAUAAAACUUUAGACUCCAGUUGUACAGACGCCAAGCAUAAACUCUUACAAGCGCUCUACCAGUUCUGAGAAACAUUGUUCUCAUUAAUUGUGAAAUGCUUAAAAUGAACAAUAGAGGACAUAAUGUUGUUUCAUGAUGUGGUGUGGGUGGAAAGGACAAAAGCUGCAUCUUGUGCAUUUUGUGUAAAGAAAUGUGACUCUUACAUGGAAAAUGUUAACUUACCUAAAUACCCAUAGAGGACUACUGACAGAAACUUGUAGUACAGCUGUACUAAGUUCAUUAUGGACCAUAUACUCGUCAGAAUUAAAUGGAGAUGUCACCAUUCAUGUGAAAAAAUUCUCGUGUUUUUUUUGUAAACAUUCUAACUUACAUGAAUGUAAGUUUUAGAGCUGUGUGGGAAACUAAAGAAUCGUCUAAUCAUGUAAACAAUUAGCUAAAAAUUAAAUGUGAAAUUUUAGUAAAGUGAGAAACAACACCAUUAAAAUGUACACUUAUAUUUGAAAUAAAU